AUGCUUGAUGCUCCUGCACACAAGCCCUCGCCACCAUCGCUCGCCACCCUUGUUGAUACCCUCGCUCUUGCCCCACGCCCUUGCCCUACAUCCUUGCCCUCACCUGAUCCCACACCUGCUGCACUUAUUCAGCUGCCGCGCAUGGAGAGCCUGCAAAUGGGGAAGUGUGGGAGCCUCUCGCCCUCGCUUUCAAUGCAGUCUGCACUCAACAAGGAGAAGGAGAAGGAGUGCAGCUGA